AAUUCAACCUUCCAAUUGCAAUUUUAUUCUAUGGCCGGCUACAACGUAUGCAUAGUUGCUACGUUUCUCCAUCCUCUCUUGUCUUAAACCAUUUAACUCAUUCAUUCUCCAGUGCCUAUCAACUUCAACUUCUCCUGUUCCAAUUAUUGACCACCAUUUUCCUCAGUCUCACAUUCACAAGUAAACUUAAGCCAUGUUCAACUUCCUCCAAAGAUUAUGCCUUCUAUGUUAUUGUUUCUUUUUGUUAUCUUUUGAUGUAUCUCUGUGUUCAUCUGAUUCACUAAGAAACUUCACUUCUUGUUUGGACAAUCACAAAAUCAAAAACUUUACCACCUUCCCUUACAAUGAACAUGACUCUGCUUAUAACUACUUCAAGAUUCUCAAUUUUUCCAUUCAAAACUUAAGGUUUGCAGAGCCUAAGCUUCCUAAGCCAAUAGCCAUUGUACUGCCAGAGAGUUUGAAGCAGCUGCAGAAAAGUGUAGCAUGUUCUAAAGAAGCCUCCCUAGAGAUCAGAGUAAGAAGUGGUGGCCAUAGCUAUGAAGGAACUUCCUCAGUUGCUGAUGACGACACCCGUUUUGUCAUCAUUGACAUGAUGAACUUAAACCAUGUUAGGGUGGACAUGGAGACUGAGACAGCAUGGGUUGAAGGUGGUGCCACACUGGGAGAGACUUACUAUGCAAUCUCCCAAUCAAGUGGUGUGCAUGGAUUCUCAGCAGGGUCAUGUCCAACUGUAGGAGUUGGAGGGCAUGUUGGUGGUGGUGGAUUUGGGCUGUUGUCAAGAAAAUAUGGUCUUGCAGCAGAUAAUGUGGUAGAUGCUCUUCUUGUUGAUGCUGAUGGAAAAUUGUUAGAUAAAGAAACCAUGGGAGAGGAUGUGUUUUGGGCUAUUAGAGGAGGAGGGGGUGGUCUUUGGGGGAUUGUUUAUGCUUGGAAAAUCAAGCUGUUGAAAGUGCCACAAGUUGUAACAAGUUUCAUUGCGUCUAGGAAAGGCACAAAAAGUCAUGUUGCUAAGUUAGUUCACAAAUGGCAAUAUGUGGCACCCAAAUUGGAAGAUGAUUUCUACUUGUCAUGCUUUGUUGGUGCAGGUUUGCCCGAGGCUAAAACUAUAGGCAUAUCAGCAACAUUUAAAGGGUUUUAUCUUGGUCCUAGGGACAGUGCUAUAUCCAUUCUAAACCAAACUUUUCCUGAAUUGGGUGUUGUGCAAGAAGAAUGUAGAGAAAUGAGUUGGAUUGAGUCAAUUGUUUUCUUCUCUGGAUUAGGUGAUGGAGCCUUGGUCCCUGACUUGAAGAACAGGUAUAUGCAAGAUAAAGAAUAUUUCAAGGCAAAAUCAGAUUUUGUGAGGAUCCAUGUCCCUCUUGUAGGCAUAGAAACUGCACUGGAAAUUCUUGAAAAGGAGCCUAAAGGGCAAAUCGUUAUGGACCCUUAUGGUGGGAUGAUGCAUAAUAUAAGCAGUGAAUCCAUUGCUUUUCCACACAGAUCAGGAAACCUGUUUACAAUUCAGUACCUGAUCUAUUGGAAAGAAGCUGACAAUGACAAAAGCAGUGAUUAUAUUGAUUGGAUUAGAGGAUUCUAUGCUUCUAUGACUCCUUUUGUUUCAUGGGGUCCAAGGGCUGCAUAUAUUAAUUACAUGGAUUUUGACCUUGGAGUGAUGGAGAAGAUUAGCAAUGGUGCUAGUGCAAAAGAUGCAGUUGAAAAAGCUAAGGUUUGGGGUGAAAAGUACUUCUUGAGUAACUACGGCAGAUUGGUGAUGGCCAAGACUCAGGUUGAUCCUAGCAAUGUUUUCACCAAUGAACAAGGCAUUCCUCCCAUGUCUUUUACUAGUUUCAAUGCUAAAGGGGAGUACAAAAAGGAUGCUAUAUUUGUUAAAGGGUCUACCAUGUUGAUUUGAAUUAUGUGUUAUCACUGAUUAUGUGCAUCUAUAAGUAAAAUGCAUUUCAUUUA